GAUACUGGAGUCGGAGUAGACGCCCUCUACGACCAGCUGUACAGGAAACCAACCAUGUCCAUGCUUCUGGGAUGCUCCUGUUCCGAUGUCUCGAAGAGAGUUGGUCAGAUCCUGCCGUAUUGGAACGUGGUCAUGGUUUCGUACGGUUCUACUUCAGUGGCUCUGACCUCCCAGGAAUAUUACCCGACCUUCUUCCGGACAGUGACCCCGGAUUCUUCCCACAAUGCAGCGCGAGCUUCGUUUAUUGAGCACUUCAAAUGGAACAUGGUGGCCAGUCUAAGCCAGGAGCAAGAGCUGUUUUCGCUGGCCCAGACCACGAUGAGCAAGUACUUCGAGAGCGAUACGAACAUCACUUUCUCGGCUGUAUUAAGUUUCGUCGAUGACCCCGGGCCGCAGAUACAGCAAUUAGAAGAGAAAGAUGCCCGUAUCAUCAUCGGAAGUUUUCAAGAGGACGCUGCCAGGGCUGUCUUCUGCGAGGCUUACAAGCGGGGCAUGUACGGGGCAAAGUACGUCUGGCUCCUGGUGGGGUGGUACAUGCGGGACUGGUGGCUCGUUGAAGACGAUCGGAUAGACUGUACACCCGAGGAACUCACUGAGGCUGUCGAAGGCUACUUCGCUGUAGACAGCAUGGAUACCAACAUCGAUGACCGGAUGUCAGUCUCGGGUCUGACAUCAUCCGAGUUCCGAGAGGAGAUGAAGGAACGCGGUAUCGAACACCUCUCCACCCACGCUGCCCAGACCUACGAUGCAGUCUGGACCAUCACACUCGCUCUCAAGGAGGCUAUGCGGAAGGUUGAUCCGACGCCAAGCAACGCGUCGAUUCCGAUGACGACGACGAAACCAGUGAUGAGCGACGUCGGACCGACAGAGUUUUCGUAUACUGAUGAAGGCAUGAAAGAUGCGCUUAUCAAUAUCAUGUCUGACGUCAAAUUCACCGGUGUUUCAGGACCGGUUUCAUUUGUGGGCCCAGAUCGCUUUGGAAUCACCACUUUCAGACAAAAUCAAGAUGGUGAAUUGAAACGUGUUGCCUUAUAUUUUCCUGAGAGUGAACUCCUAGACUUUGAAACAGAGGGAACAGUUCCUAUCCACUGGGCAGGGGGAUUUAUACCUGUUGAUCAUCUGAUCGUUCUCGAUAAACCGAUUAGGAUUGAUUCAGCAGCUUUCCUAUCGAUGUCCGUCCUAACUGUGCUGGGAAUCAUCCUCGCCCUUCUCUUCUUAGCAUUCAAUGUGAAAUACAGAAAAACAAAGUACAUCAAACUCUCAAGUCCCAACCUGAAUAACAUCCUUGUAGUUGGUUGUAUAGCGGUCUACUCAGCCAUACUGAUGAUGGGAUUGGAUGGCGAUAAAGUAUCUGAUGUUGUCUUCGCUCCACUCUGCACGAUUCGUACAUCGUUUUUAGCAGUGGGAUUCUCCAUGGCGUUUGGAUCGAUGUUUGUCAAAACAUAUCGAGUUUAUCACAUCAUUACACAUGCUACUAGUAGAGUCAUCAAAAGAAAAAUGCUGCACGAAUCAACUUUAUUUCUCAUGAUAGGGGUUCUUCUAUUACUUGACGUCAUUCUCAUUGCAUUAUGGGUAAUACUUGACCCUAUGUAUCGACAAGAAAAACGCUUAAAUGUCGAGGUUUCUGACGAUGGCACACGGGCAUAUGUACCGGUCAUCGAAGAAUGCACGUCGUUUCACCAGAGCAAAUGGCUGGUAGCUCUUUACGCCUACAAGGGGCUUUUACUUCUCUUCGGCGUCUUCCUCGCUUGGGAGACUCGGAAGGUUAAGAUACCCGCCCUCAACGAUUCGCACUAUAUAGCUGUCUGUGUUUACAACGUCGUCAUCAUGAGCGUGCUCGCUGUCGUGGUCAAUAACUGGGUCAUCCAGGGCAAUCAUCGGACGAUGUCGUUCAUGCUUGUUUCUCUCUGUAUCUGUAUUACUACCACUGCCACGUUGUGUCUACUUUUUGUACCAAAGCUUCAUGCAAUAAGAAUAAGUGUUAGCAGCGACCCUGUCACCAGGUCGGUUGGGCUAGAAGUCAAGGGUCGAACCCGUCGCUUUGUGAUGGACGAAUCGACAGAGCUAAAGGAAAGCAUCUAUCGAGCUGAAAUUCAUAUACGCGCAUUCAGAAGAGAAAAGAGAAAGCUUGAUUCCAAAAUAGCCGAGCUGGAAGGUAUACUACGCAUGCUCGAACGUGAGGAACAAUACCGACUAGGCCAUCUUAGUGAAUUUGACCUUGAUCCGUCAGGGAAGGAACAUGAAUUACAAAUGCUGCUUCAUUUACCAGAGACUCCUAUCGACAACCAAGAAUCGUGUGCGGUUAACCGAUUCGAACAGGAAUACAAACGGAUAGUGAAUCAAAAUCUGACAUCGGUUAGUGGUAGUGGACGGAGCGAAGAGAGACCGGGUAAAACCGAAACCCGGAGAAGGACAUCAGUGUUGCCUUUCAAAGCGCUGGGGAAAGAGAACAGUUUCACACAUACGCCCCUCAUGGCGAAGUUUAGUACUGACACCGACGAAACCAAUUCGGAUAUCUGUCCGGAUUUGGAUACGGAGAAGAGUACGGUUAUAGAACGCUGCUACGGUACCUUGCGCGGGACAAGUAGUGCAGGAAGCAGCGAAAGUUUGUCUUCUAAACUCAGGGCGAUUAGCGAUGGCGGUGUUGGUUUGCUAACCGAUAGUAAAGGAAUGAGAACAAACGACAUGGAUGAGGAGGAUGAGACCGAGAUCGAGAAUAACGAUCAGGAGGACGCGGACGAAACGUCCGCUCUCGCGUUUCGCCGCACCAGCAGCGCGGCUAACCGCGGUAGCAACAAAGAUAUCCCCAGUACUUCAGAAGCUGCGGACAAGGAAGAUCUGAACUUUGACGAAAGGACACUCAUCACCGAAAUGCAAGACCUUCAACUUCGACUACUGCAAUUAAAUGGCAAAGCCAACAUGAUAUACUACGUAUGAUGUACAGCGAUUUUUUUGCAAUGACUUUCUUCUAAAUGUCAAAGUACUUCACCUUUAUGAACCGGUGAUAUUACUUCGUUUUUGUACUGCAAUGUUUCAAUAUGUUGACAUAAAUUUUGCAAACAUGUAUAUUGAUAUUAUAAUAUAUUACAUUUUAUAAAAACAAAGUGGCAUUUGAUGCCAUUUUUAAUCUGAAAUCGAGGAGGAUAUCUUUUUUAUACUGCAAUUUAUGAAUGACAUGGGCACAUGAAUGUAUAAUGUACUAUCACUUACCUUUGCCACUGGUCUUAUCGAAAUAUGUCUUGAUAUGACUAUCAUGACACUGAUUUCAAAAUCUCAAAACUUUGAAUCUUCAACUGAUGUAGACACGAUAAUAUUAUAUUAAUUAAUAUAAAUCACUCGAGCACUUUGUUUUAUUAACAAACCUUGUGAUAUUGCACUAGUUUUCUCAAACGUUCUCAAAGAACAGCCGCACUUUUCUUGAUCAUCUUUUCAGUUGCAAAUCAAUCGAUCAGUCAUCCAAGCAGUCCAUAAGUGUUCGAAAGCAAGUUGUAUUCUACAUCGUCAAAUUGUGUAUUGCUAAUUGUUCUAUAUACCCUAACCGCAAAGCCCACUUCAUUCAUUCUCUCACCAAGUCACUGGAGGCGAAGCGAAAUGAAAUGCCAUAUAUAAUAGACGAGCGACGAUUUGGAAGUGGACAUGAACCGAAAAAUACCUUACUACUUGACACGACCUGACCCGACCUGACGAUGACAACUAGACAUUUCCCGGCCUACAGGCUUCAUGAAGUGGUGCGCUAAUCGCCGUUCUGAAAUGAUGCCCUGGUCGCCUUUCUGACUACCACUCGACUACUUAACAAGACUUUGAAAUUUUAUGGCGAUCUGUCCUUUUGUCUGGAUCUGUUUACUCCAAGAUUCAUUUGCACCAUGUCAGGUUGACUACAGUAAACGAACUCAUAAAACUGUAAGGUUCUUUGAGACUUUAUUAUACUGUACGUAAAGCCCUUUGAUCGUGACGAUUCAAACCUUAAUGUUGUAAUUUAUAUUGUAAUAUGAUCAAUUCCAAGACUUCUGCUAUUUGAGUGAUGUUUCCUUGUAACGCUGUCCAGGGACUGAACGACCACUACAACUAUUCUGGUCAAUUCCUUCGAAUUGAAUGCUACAGUACUAUGGAAUUUAAACGGUACACAUCCAGACACCACUAAUCUCGACCUCUUUAUUAGAAUGAACUUACUAUAGGGAUCAACUUGUCUUCGAAACUGAACAUGGCCCUGGGAAGCGGAGGUGCUGCGUGUAUUAUUUUUUCAUAGACAACAUCCCCAGGAAUUCUGGUAGAUGUUAAAAAAUGAAGAAAUGUAACCCAAAUGACCUACGUAAACUUUUUUUUUUGCUUUCAAAUUUCUCGGCAAGAAAAAGACCUUAAUUUUAGAGUGAAUAAUUUCUUCUUUUUUUUUUUUAUUUUACAUAUAUAUUAACAUCAGCACCCCAGUCAAAGAUCGUUGCCAAAUAAAUAUCAUCAUUAUAAAGACAUAAUUUCCCUACCAACUGACCAAUGACAUGACUCUACCUAUUAUGAUCGUUGAAGGAAUCAGGGCCCCUUCUUACAAAGCGUUACGAUGGAUCCGACCAAUUGCAAUUCUAUGGAAAUACAGCAUUGUCAUUUUAUUUUCUACAAGAAAUUUGAAAAUGUCCUUUGUAAACAAAGAGAAGCACACUGAAUU